GUGAAGAAUUGACUCAGAAGCAGAAGUUUGGUUUUGGAUAGUUUCUGUACUCUCUUGAUGUUUUGAAGGAUUUCCUUGCAGUAACAUGAGUUUGUGGGUAGAUAAAUAUCGUCCUACCUCUUUAUCCAAGUUAGAUUACCAUAAGGAUCUCGCAACUCAUUUAAAGAAAUUGGUAAGGGAGCUGUUUACGAACAUUUCGUAUGAUCUCCGACACAUGAUGGAUCGAGUCAUUUUAAGCUUAUUACGAGUUACAAACUAACUUACAAGGUUCGCUUGGGUAACUGUUUGUGAUUUACAAUUCAUCCUUGUUUUUUAUUCUUUUUAAGGUGCACUGUGGUGAUUUUCCACACUUACUGGUUUAUGGCCCCUCAGGGUCUGGAAAGAAAACAAGAAUAAUGUGCAUUUUGAGGGAACUUUAUGGCGCUGGUGUAGAGAAAUUAAGAAUUGAACAACAGAAUUUCACCGUACGUGUAUUGUGUUCUAUAGUUUGAUCUUUUACAUUUAGUUAGUCUAUGUUCUAUGAAUGGUUGCUCUGACCAGCUGUACUCAGUACCGCAGGCAGACUGCCCUCUGUUUAUCUCGCAAUUCGGCUGCCUGUGUUCAGUACAGCAAUAUUGAGGUCCUGCCAGGGGGGUCCCAUGCCGCCUGUCUGAAUGUCAAAACGUCCUGUGUCGGUGUUUAUGAAUGCUUCACAUUGCGGUCGGAAAUUGGACAAAAAUUCUUUGUCUUUGUUGCAAUUUUAGAAAAGAGGGAUAGAAACCAUUACAGUUCUUCAAUUUCUCAGUUAACAUUUCGCGUAUUGAACACCACACUUGUGUUGUGAUUUCAUUUUAUGCUCUGUUGCUACUUUUUGGGUCAUGUCGCUUGUCAGAAUUUACCCUGGCAGGGCCUCGAUAUUCAUGUAAACCUAUUUUUAAACACCUGGCCUCAGUUGUACAAAAGGUGGAAAGGCUAUCAACUGGAUAAAUCUCUAUCACUAUCCAGUGGAUAGUGCAAUUGGUUUCCCUAAUACAUGUACAAUGUAAUUAUGCACUGGAUAUUGAUUUAUCUGAUAAAGUGCUAUCCAACGUCUGAACAACUGGGGCCUGUACAUAUGAUAAAUAUCUUGCUAAGGCCCUGUUUGCACUAGGUAAAAUUUUCUUCGUUUUGCCAAAAAAUCUGUCAGCAGGAAGCCAUUUCUAGUGCGAAUGAUUUUGUUCACCGACCAAUAUUUUCCAAACUGUCACCAAAGUUCAAAGAUGCCAUUGAGAAGAUUUGAAGGCCUACCAUUUUUUGUCGGGCGACAAACUCUGUUGUUCCUUGAAAGCUAUCCUUCGUCGGGUCAUCUUAUUUUGCGUACAUGACCAAGUUCCUUUACUUAACAUUUCUGGUUAGACAAAAAAUUUCUCACAUCUCAGAUGCAAACAAGGUUGUAAAAACAAAAAAAUGGUGAGUACAAAAUUUUCAAGAUUUUUUUUGCAGAUGCACAACUCUCUUUUUUGUUGUAGGGCAAACAGGGCCUAAGUUAGUUUAUUUUCCUUGCUGCACUGUAAGCUACAUUAUGUCACUUUUUGGUUUGCAAUGAUGGCUCACAAGCGCUGGGUCUAUCUGAUAAAACUAGGUUUGUAGUUCGUAAACGUACAGUAUGGACUUCAAACUCAUGUAUAUAAAAUCUUUUUUUUUUCUGCCAGACACCUUCAAAUAAGAAGAUUGAAAUGUCAACAAUUGGUAGUGCUUACCAUUUAGAAGUCAAUCCAAGGUAAAAUUAUCUUAAAGUUAAUUUUCAAUGCCAUUGUAUCAGACCUUGCUAAAAUCAAUUUUCUUGGCUUUACAGCCCAUCAAUUAGAAAAGCCUCCAGCUAGGAUACUGGCCCAAAGGAGUUUCUCUUCAUUAUUUCUUUCCUUUUAAUUUCUGUACUUUUUACACAUCUAUUAAAACUACAUGGUUACACUAAAUAUUUUACCAAGAGAUAAGACCUUUUACCUGAUAGAAAGAAUAAAAAUGCUUGCCUUACUGGUUUUUCCAGAGAUAGAUUUGACUAUGGGACAUAACCUUGAAUAAAUAAUGUUUUGAGUUAGCACAUCCACGUACUGGUUUUUUGUUCACCAUUCCUGGUCAAAUUAGAACUUGGAAAAAGUGCUGGUUUUUGCGGAGAGGGGAAAACCAAAAUAUUUGAAGAAAAACCUUAUGGAGCAAAAAAGAGAACCAAAAACAAACUUAACCCACAAAAUAAUGGCAUCAAUGUAGGGGUUAGACAAAUUGCAGGUGGUGAGUAUUGCAGGAAAUAUACUGGAAAAAGACACUUUUGUCUUGGAUACAUAACAGGGUUCUCAUUAAAUUUUAAAAAAAAACUGAAUUGGUGGUAUUUGAUGAAAGUUUUUCCCAAUCAUGUCCAUUUAAUAGCAACAAAAAUUUCCAAGGUGGUGAGUUUUGAAAGGAAAUAUACCCCAAAAAGACACUUUCAAAUAUCUUGGAUCGGGCUUUCUUUUGAAUACAAACCCAGGGCUUUCAUUAAGUUUUAGGGAAGAAGACACGUUGUUUAGAAAAAUGUUGUCCAAGUAUACAAUUUUCUCAACAGUUUUGUCCAAGAUUGUAGGAUGUAAAAGUAGGUGGCUUGGUAAUUAAGUGCUGUAGGUAAUUUCCGGCUUUCUCUCCCUCACUUGACGUAUUUUCCCCCAAAAGUAGACAGCUCAGACCUAGAAGUAGCAGGUUGCUGGCACCUAAUAAGAACCCUGAAAUCCACACCAUUAUAGAAAUACUGAAGGAAAUUGCUUGCCAAGAGUUUGUGCAACCACAUCUAAAAUCUCCCUAAUAAUUCGUAUUUCAGUGAUGCAGGGAUUUAUGAUCGUGUUGUUGUCCAGGAACUUAUCAAGACUGUUGCACAGUCACACCAGCUUGAAUCAUCAACUCAAAAAGAAUUUAAAGGUACAUUUAAAGUCAGCUCUCUCUUAGUAACAUGGACGUCAUUGAGGACUUAGCACCAAGUAUCCAUCUUAGGGAGGUGACACCCCUAUAGAAAGCUUUUAUAUUUAUAUUUAUCUUUUAUUAUUAUUAUUACAAUACUUCCGCACAUUACAGUACACCUGCAGGACAUGUGCCUACAUUACUAAAAAGAAACAAAUAAACAACAAAAAAAGACUCUAGACACAUCUACAUGCACUAAUAAUAUUACGGAAUUUGCCCAGGUCACAUUUGAACAAGAACUCCCUUCAAGAUCAAGAGUGAAACAACAGCAAACAGCUUCAACCAUUGCUCCUAAGGUGCAACCAUUUUGGUCACCAUGUCAAGUGGAACAAAGUUUUGGCAACUAAAAAUGACAGAACAGAAAAGUCGUCACUUUGGCAACCCAUGUGUAGGGAUCGCAUGCCAGGGAUCAGUGUUUUGAUGAGUUAGAGUAUAUGGCCCUUCUAUUAUAAAAAAAGUCAUAUACAUUUGCAUCGAAUAUUAAUUCAUCUUGUAAUUCAUCUCUUUUUCACCAUUGGUUGAGGUAUUAACACUUUGUUCUUGACAUGUCACAUACACCAAUUCAGCUAGCAAAGAGGGUCGGUGUAAGAGGUAAGGUUUCACUUAAGCACAUCCCUAAAGCUGAAUGCUUUUCACAGUUGUAGUUUUGACUGAAGUGGACAGACUAACAAAGGAUGCUCAACAUGCACUUCGGCGGACCAUGGAAAAGUACACAGCAACAUGCCGACUGAUCUUGUGUUGUAACUCAACAAGCAAAGUAAUUCCUGCAAUUCGAAGUCGUUGUCUGGGAGUCAGAGUUGCAGCACCUACAAUAGAAGAGGUAAUGAGUUAGAAUCCUGGUUACAGGCUGUACAUAUACUGUGUAACUAAUUCAGUCUGUACAUUCCUCACUUACAACACUGACCGUUCUCCAUGAAUUACAAAGGACCUGCAAAACUGAGUGGUAUACAAUGUAACACCGACUGCCAAUACCUAUGAUCCAUUCACAAAAGUUGACACCUUUCAGUUGUUAGAUGGUGUAGAUCUUGCGCCGUUCCCUAAGAUGUCACUACAUUUGUAUUUAUUUAUUUAUUUAUUUAUAUCUCUGCCAUGCAAGUCCAAAAUUCAAUAAUCAGGGUUGUCAAAAGUAGCCAGCUGCCGGCGGAAAUUGCCGCCUACUUGGUUAGUAUCGGCCGGCUACUCUGCUUGGCAUUUCUUUACGGAUGGCGUUUUUUAAAUAAAAUUAUCCCUGGACUGGCCGCUUUACUUUGACAACUCAGCCGUCUACUUCAAAACUUCCUGACAACCCUGAAUUUUACUGAAUAUAAUAAAGGACUGCUAAUAAUUAUACAGUGGAUGCUGUCCCUCAAACUUGAGAUGUCCAAAAGUUGUGUUUCACUGCCUAUACAGUGUACAUUAUACUAUUGAACACUCCGAUUAAUAUUAUUGUGAAAAAAACUUAUAUGCCAUGUACAUGUGGAUUGGAGUUAUGUUAUAAAUUAAAAUAGUUGUUAUUAAAAAUCUCAGUCCUUUCAUAUUUCACAACUCCCCACCAAAACAUCUUAAAUUUUGAUUGGUUUGUCUCUACUUUAUUAAACCCUUAAAGUUGUGAAGAAUUUGUAGGAAAUUUGUUGUGACAUUCUUUGGAACAUUUCUUUACCUCAUUAUCUCUCUCCUUCAGAUCUGUCAAAUCUUGCAUAAUGUUUGCAAGAAAGAGGGUUUGACUCUCCCAGCAGAGCUAUCCAAGAGAAUUGCCGAGAAGUCAAACAGGAAUCUUCGAAGGGCCUUGCUUAUGUGUGAAGCCUGCAGAGUUCAACAGUAUGUACUAGAUAAAACCCAAAUUAGCCCUCUGGGUAGGGCUGUUCACCUUUCAACAUGCAUCCUGUAAAAUGUUGGACACUUUCCAUUCAGUCCAAAAUUUUGAAUGGAAAUCAAAUGGAACAGACCAUUUCAGUUCGGUCUGACCAAAUUAUUUGGGACAAAGGUGGUCUGCAUUGACUGGUCCUACCAGUCAGACUGAAAUGUCUCUUUCCAUUUAACAAAAUUGUUGUCCCUACACUGGUGUCCUGUAUUCAGCUUAAGAGUAACACAAUCAUACAUGUGGUGGCUUGGGUCAGGUCUGUGCAAUCAGAAUGUGGAAUUUCAAGCCAGAACUUCUUUUAAUGGUAAGUGCUCUGUUUUUCUUCAAUUAGGUAUCCCUUUACCCCAGAUCAAGUUGUACAAGAAGCAGAUUGGGAAGUCUACUUGAAAGAAACAGCGCAGCAGAUUGUGGAACAACAGACACCAAAAAGGUUAGUUGAUAAUUCUCUCUUAACAUGAACUUCUCAAGGCUGGGAAAAAGCUUGAAUUCCAGCUUGUCCCUUGGGCAAGCAGCUCUCAGGGUCACUUUUUGCUUCUCUAAGUCAAUGAUUUACAUCUAAGUAAAGGAUGACUUACAGGCUGUACCUGGAUUCUUACCUGUUGGAUAAUUGAGCUUUUUAAAUUUACAUUUUUAGCCUGCAGUGCAGGUGUAUUUUGGCAAUGCGAUCACUGCUUCUUUAUGUUUGUAUUGUUGUAGCCGCCAUCUUUAAUUUUAUGACAGAGUAAGAUUGGGGAGAGUACAAAAAAACAAACUAGAAAUAGCAACCCUUAGAGUUGGUGCUAGGAAAAAGGACUUGCUCCAUUUCCUCCUCUCUUUUGGAGUUUCAACACUUUCGAGAGCAAAAACAUUUGCUUGCCCGAAGAAAAUGCCUGCACUGCAGGCUAUUAAUUUUUACAUGUACUUGCCCUGCAAGAAUUUCUACUAGUCCUGAACUACUGGACAGGAAUUAUUUCGAGCCCUGGCUUCUAUAAAAUGGACACCUUAAUAGAAUUCUGUAUUCUUUUUAUUUUACUUUCUGUCACUGUGAGAUGGACACUUACUGCGGGUAGUGAUGGUGACCGUCUUAGAGAGAGGAGAGAGAGAGAGGAUUUUACCAAAGUGUUGUUUUGCGUACUGUUGACUCUUAUUUAUUUGUUAUCCUAGGGAGAAUUAGAGGUCUGUUUUCGGGCUCAUCUCUGGUGUAAUAUAGCAUCACAGCUGACAUAAAACAAAGAAAACAAAACAUCCUUAACAAUGAACCUAACCCUGACAAUAGUCCAUAAAACAAAGAAAACAAAUAAAUCAUAUUACACCGGGGAUGACCCUAUUUUCACAGCAUAUUACGAGCUAGCAGCAUAAAUUAGUGUUAGUUUUAGCCUAGACAGCAAUUCAAGAGUCUAGGGCACAAUUGUUACAAUUGUGUUUGCGAUUAUCCUACCUUACUACUACUGGUAAAGGAGAAUCACAUAACAGUGCACUGGCCAAGUGUACAAUAAAAUUUAGAUCUAGUAUUAUUAUCAUUUUUUUGUUUUUAUGCUUUGUGUUGUAUUUAUGUAUUUAGGUUGAUGGAAAUAAGAAGCAGACUGUAUGAACUGCUCACCCACUGCAUUCCCCCUGAUAUCAUUUUAAAGGUAAGCACAGGUUUCCCAAUCAAUCAAACCUCUCUUAAAGAACACAAAAUGUAGCCUGUGAGCAAGCUCUCCGGGGCACUCUGGCAGCGGGGUGGGAAAAGGAAGGAGAGAUUGCAACUACGUCUCUGGAAUUUGAAUUUCGCCUCCAAUUUCCCUGUGGCUCCCUGUCAACUGAGCUGUCAGAUUUCCGCCAAUCAGCACGAAGCGGAAACAAGUGCGAAUGUAAACAAACAUUGAAAAGCACGUGAAAGCAUGUGCCAAGGGUAAUGAGGUUAUUACUAAUGUCAUCUCCACCAAUCAGCACUUUGCAUCGACUUUUUCGACGCAGAUAUUCAAAUUCAAGAGCCGUAGUUGCAAUCUAUCCUUUCUCUUCCCACCCCGGAGAGCUGGCUCGCAGGCUACCCAAAAUACAAAGAUUUGACAUGUCACUUACUGUGAAACGGUUUCUUACAACCUUUUUGAAAGGUUCCAGCUACAUGUACAACUAUACAUGGUUCAGCUGGAAAGGCUGUUUUUGCCACAGUUAAAACUUCACAUGCAAUCAUCUUUUCAAAACGCCAAAAUUUUCGACUGCAUUGGACAACCCUUUUAAAAAUGUCCCAGUUACAUGUAAAUCACUGUUAGUGUAAGUAGGACCUUCCUUAAACAACAGUGAAAUUUAAAGAAAUAUUUUAUUUUCAAGGGCUUGAUAUCUGAAUUAGUGGCCAACUGUGAUGGCAGUUUAAAAGCCGAAGUAACAAGUAUGGCGGCCCACUAUGAACAUCGCAUUCACCAGGGAAACAAAGCCAUCUACCAUCUGGAGGCAUUUGUGGCCAAAUUCAUGAGUAUUUACAAGCGGUUUUUAGAGGAAGGCAUGGCUGAUUUGUUUUAG